AUGACCCCUACAGCAUUAGUCGACUACUUUGAAGACAAGACCUGUCCCGUGACCGAGCGGCUCAAGGUCUUCUACUGCUGCCGAGCCCCGCCCAAAUGGGCUGUCCAGAAACAGCUGGCCAGCCUGCUGACAGACCUUGGCUGCAUGAGCUCAGCUCUGCUCAUUUAUGAACAGCUGGAGCUCUGGGAGGAUGCAGUUAUCUGCUAUGAGAGGCUGGGCCAACAUGGAAAGGCCGAGGAGAUUGUUCGCAGGGAGUUGGAGAAGAAGGAGACGCCCAGUCUGUAUUGCCUACUGGGAGACAUAUUGAGGGACCAUCAGUACUAUGACCGUGCGUGGGAGCUGUCACGCCAACGCAGCGCCAGAGCCAUGCGCUCCAAAGCCCUGCUGCACCUCCACAACAAGGAGUUCCAGCAGUGUGUCGACUGUUUCGAGCAGUCGCUCAAAAUCAACGCCAUGCAGCUCGGGGUUUGGUUUUCCCUCGGGUGUGCCUACUUUGCCCUGGAGGGCCAUGAAGGAGCUGCCAGGGCUUUCCAGAGGUGUGUGGGACUAGAACCAGAUAACGCAGAAGCUUGGAGCAACCUGUCUGCGGCCUACAUUCGCCUCCAAAAGAAAAACAAAGCCUUUCUUACCCUGCAAGAAGCUCUGAAGUGUAACUACGAACACUGGCAGAUCUGGGAGAACUUUAUCACUGUUAGCACUGACAUCGGGGACUUUGCUGAAGCCAUCAAGGCCUACCAUCGUCUGAUGGACCUCAGGGAAAACUACAAGGACAUCCAGAUUCUUCAGAUCCUGGUAAAAGCGGUUGUUGAAAACCUGACAGACCGCCAGGGUGAGCAGGCAGUAACUCUCAAGUCCAAACUGAAGGAGCUCCUGGGACGGGUCAGUUCCCGGCACAGUACUGACUCUGAGAUCUGGCGGCAAUACGCUUUGCUGUAUGGUGACGGCCACAGCUCCAACCCAGAGGACAACGAAAAGGCACUACAGUUCUUGUCAAAGGCCCAUCGCUGCGAGGUUCAGGCUGGUGGCUGGGAGAAAGAACCUGGUCUGUUCAAGGAGGUGAUCAAAAGAGCCACCGAUAUGGGAGAAGUGACCAUCAGCUGCAGUAAGAUGAAGAGUAAUCCAACCGAAGCUCUACAGAUGCUCUCCUCCACCCGCCUCAGUCUCAGGAGUCUGGCCACCAAAGCUAAGCAAAUGCACACAGAUGUGGCCACGGGUCAGGUCCACGCCGAGCUGCAGGAUGGUGUCGCUGCUCUGGAGCAACUCAUCGCACAACUGCAGGAGCUGAGUGGGAAGCUCCGUGACCAAUCACAGGGGCCGUAGGAAAAACCAGAAGCUGUGGUCCCUCACAAGACAGAGACUCUACAGCUGCAGUUAUCAGUCUUGUGUAUUGUUGAACGCCUUUAAAUCAAGAGUUUUACAUGUGAUGAAUAUAACAACAGGUAACAUUUAGAAAUGAAAAGCCAAAGGACUCACUUAGUAUCAGAACGUUUUUAUACAUCUAUAAUCCACAUUGGAAUGUAAACAAUGACUGUAAGGCAUCAAAUAGAAAAAAAAUUACAAUUCUGAAUACUUGCGUUUUACUUUUUCUGUUGCAUAAUAAAAUGUCUUAUUUGGA